UGAGCAUUUCAUAGACGGAGGGAAUGCGAAAGCAAAACACACCUCCAUGAAAAAUCGCGGGAGCAGAGGUUCUACUGCGUAGAGUUCAUAUUUUGUAAACUUAUUGACAGUUUUUAAACAGGCUUGACAUGAAAGGGAUAUUUUGUUUCUGAGGAAUUCUUUGCGCUUUCCGUUUUGUUCAGUAAUUGCGCAGCAGGCUUUGUCGUUAGUGCCUGCGUAUUAACUAAAGAGGCGUCCAUUUUUAUUUUGACGAAGGCGAUCAGAGCCUCCUUAUUGCUGCGGCUAUGAAAGGCAUAGGCAUGCAGCGCAAGCGCGCGCCUUUCGUGUCGCGCAUCGACAGGAGCAAGACGCGCGUGAACGCGCUCGAGCAGAUGCUCGACGACAGCGACGAAGGGUCGUACUGCAGCACGACGACCAGCGACAGCGAGUACCAGGAGGAGUCGGAUGACGCCAGCGACAGCGACUCGGAUGUUCCUGCGACCAAACGCGAGGACACACAAGUUGUUGAUGAUGAUGAUGAUGAUGAUGGCGGCGGGACGGACGACGAGCAGUGCAAGGUCUCGCGCAGACGCCGGAAGCGAUCGGCCAGCGCGACCGGUCUAGACGACGGCACGAGCGACGAGUCCUCGGACAGCGACGUGGGAGCCGAACCUGUCCGGAAAGCGUCGGGGAAGAAACGACUGAAGCUUUCUGAUUCCGAGGGUGAGAAGGAAGGAGAAGCGGAGGCGAAGGAGGCUGCUGCGAAGAGGAGAGAGAGGAAGAAGAAACUAAUGGAGCUGUUGAAGAAGAGAAGGACGGCAACACCACUGCGCAGGCGCAGAACCCUGGAUUCAGAGACGGUUACAGUUGCAGAAAACAAACCUGAAGAAAAAGAAGAACCGGAAGACUCCGAAGAGUCUAGCGAGGAGGAGCAGAAUGUCGCUUGCUUAAUAGACAGCAGCGAAGAAGAAAAACAGGCGGACAGUGACAGCCUGAAGGACUUUAUCGUAGAGGAUGAAGAGCGGAAGGAGGGAGAGGAAGAAGAGGGAGUGAGUGAAACAGAGGACAAGAACUUCCGGUCUCACCUUCCACGCCAGUUCAUUACCGGAUCUCAGCUCACCCACUUUCAGGUGGUGGUCAAAGCUUUGUUGAUCAAUGCACUGGACACUUCCUUCCUCAAGUCACUUUAUGACGGUGAGCGGACAAAGCGAUAUGCCAAAGAGAUGAAAUCGUCUUUGCACCACUUUGAUGAGCGGCUGGUGCUCCCCCGCCUGGAAAAUCUAAAGCAGAGGAGCCGCUGGAAAGAACGAUACAAAGAGCGGGUUGAGUGUUAUCCCAAAGUGCGAAUUAAUAUGGUGAACGUCCGUAGUAAGGACUGCGAAGCAUGUGAGCUCCACCGACAUGCCCGCUUUUGUGUACGUCUGUCCGGGCAGCUGUAUCACCACCAGACGCUGCAGGAGGACCAGUUCAUGCCUGAUGACUCGCAGAUGUUCAUGGUCGGCUCGGUCUGCGCCAGCCGUACUGAGGUGUACCAUGCGCUUAAGCACUACAAGUACCACCUGUUUGUGCGCUGCCGCACUGCUCUGGAGGAUCAGAAAGAGGCAGAGCAACAAAUACAGGAGGGAGACGAAGCCGAGUCGGUAAAGGACACGGUGAAUAAAGUGUUCGCCAAGCUGAUGGAGGAAGGCUGGAUUACUGAGCAAUAUGACGAGUUUCAAGAGCGCCUUAAUGCUGCAGAUUUCUUCCAAGAAGAGAAGCUGGACUGAGAAGCGGAUUUUUUUUUUUGUUUAAAACAUUUUUGCCAAUAUGUUUAAAAAUGUAAUAUAUAUGUACAUAUGUUUUUAACAUACAAGGUCUUAUUAAGUUCAUUUUCAGUUGCUAUGCAUUUUCUUUUGUAAAAUCACGAAAAGGUUUUUAAUUUUAGGCUUGAGAGAGCUUACAAUAUUUAAAAAAUUCUUAAAGCUUGUACAAGUAAUCAAUGAAAACCACACAAAAAAAACGUUAAAUUUUCUUUUAAGAAAAGUCGGUUAAGGGGUUCA